GAACUAGCAGCCCCUCCCCCUUGCUCCCACUCUCAAUACCCGUUCGAUAUCACUACGACCAUGACAGUCGAAGACGUUCAAGGCGCCCCACAGGCCCGCCCAAAGCGGAUAGCUGUCAUUGGUUCAGGCAUCUCAGGCCUCAGCGCAGCAUGGCUCCUCAACAGAGACCCCUCCUUCUCCGUAACCCUCUACGAAGCCGGCUCCUACAUCGGCGGCCACACCCACACCGUCGACAUCCCCACCCUCGACGACCCAGCCAAAACCGUCCCCGUCGACACCGGCUUCAUCGUCUGCAACCCCGUCACCUACCCUAACUUCCUCUCCUUGAUGGACGAGCUCGACGUGGCACUCGAUAAGACGGAUAUGAGCUUCUCGGUCUCGCGCAACAAGGGGGAGUUUGAAUGGUGUGGAGAUGGAUUGAAGGGGGUGUUUUGUAACGCGAAGAAUUUGAACCCGUUUGCGGAAGGGUUUACGGAUGGUGGGGUGUGGAGGAUGGUUUAUGAUGUGCUGAGGUUUCAUAAGGAGGCAAAGGAAAUUGCUAGGGAGGCGGAUUUGAAAACGUUCGAUGAGAGUGGGAAACCCCUGGCGGACAUUGCCCAGAAGGACCAAGUCCACCCACUCACAGGCGAAACCCUCGCCGACUUCUUCGCCAAACGCGACUACUCCCGCUUCUUCUACGAAAACUACAUCGUGCCCAUGACAGCCGCCAUCUGGUCCACCCCCGCCGACAUGACAUUCGACCAGUUCCCUGUGCUCACGCUGUUCAAGUUCAUGCGGAACCAUCAAUUGCUGCAGAUUGGGGGGAGGCCGAAGUGGAUGACUGUUAACCAGGGAAGCCGAACCUACGUAAACCGCAUCCUCGCCCACCUCCCCGACGUCCGUCUCCAAACCGCCAUCACAUCCCUCCACCGCGACCUCGCCAACCCCACCUCCCCCAGAAUCACAUUAACGGACAACAAGGGCGCCGUGGAAGUCUUCGACCACGUCAUCAUCGCGACGCAUACGGACCAGGCGCUCAAGAUCCUGGGCGAGGAAGCGACGGUGGAGGAACGCAAAGUGUUGGGGGGCAUCAAGUAUGUGAAGAACCGGUUGGUUUUGCAUCGGGAUGAGGAGUUAAUGCCCAAAACCCGCACGGCCUGGGCAGCCUGGAACUACCUCACCUCCUCCUCCUCCUCCCCCACCGGGCCCGCGCACUCCCCAACAGUCUGCCUAACCUACUACAUGAACACCCUCCAACCGCACCUCACCCAACACGACUGCGGAACCGUCCUCGCCACCCUGAACCCGCUCUACGAACCGGACGCUCGGAAAGUGUUGGGAGAGUGGGAGUACGAGCACCCGCUGUACAGCCCGCAGACGAUUAGGGCGCAGGAGGGGAUGAACGGUGUUCAGAAUGCCGCGGGGGUGGCGUUUGCGGGCGCGUGGACGAAUUAUGGGUUCCAUGAAGAUGGAUGCACGUCAGGCCUCCUGGCAGCCCUCGCCCUCGGCUGCGCCCCACCCCCUUUCCCCGUGCACUUGAACGGGGGGUAUCCGACAACACGGACCACCCUGCCUCCCCCCGCGUGGGCGGCGGCGAUGGGUGUCAAGCCAUACGCUCCUGCGCCGCCGGAGGUGCAUAAGAUGGUCCAUCGGGUUAAGGAGACGGGGAAGGGGGUUGGGACGUGGGUGAGGAUGGCGGGUGUGGGC